ACGCCCCGGCAGGAGUUUAUUUGCCUCCAGCUGCCACAAAGCAAAAGCACUGGAAAUGGACCCAGUGAUAAGGCAGCACAGUGCUGAUCAUACACUGGAUUGUACAGCUUGGAUUUGACACUACUUAUUUAUUUGUCAAAGAACUGGGAUUUUGAUCAGGUGCCUAAAUGUUGUCACUUGGCAAAAUGCACUCCAGAGCCAAGUCGAGAAGUUGUGACAACUACCUGAGUAUUAAGACAAAAGUGUCCCAGCUGGAUCCAGAGGCCAUUAAUUACCACCACACUCCUCCAUCACACAGACAACCAUUUACCAACGAGACCUGGAAUCAUGAAAGGGCGGGACUUCAAACAUUGUUCGACGCAGAGUCUUUGGACAGCUGUAUCCAGAGCACGUUGUCGGCCCUGUACCGGCCCUUCAACGCCACCGCGGCCACUGUUCUGUGGCAGCUUUUCAGUGUGGUGGAAAGACAGUACCGUGGAGACGGCCUCCGCUGCUUCAUUGACUUUUUGCUUCCUGCCAAGGGGAUUCUUCAAAUCAUUCAACAGCAAACUUGUUUAAGGUUCCGAGAACUGCUGCUCUACAAUGAAGGGUGGCCUCUCUGCAUUCACGACAAAGUGGUGUUGCAGCUGUCCCCCUUGCACAAAGUGAGACUAAAGCAAGGAGACUUCUACCUACAAAUUGUACCGUUAGGCCGCAAGACUGCCAAGCUUGCGAUAAAAUGCUUGUCGGCCAGUGGACAGGCUAUUGUGGAGCUCCCCAUCGCAGAGAGCAUGUAUGGCAGCGUCUUCACCGCUGAGUUCCUGCAGAAUGUAACACUUGAACGGAACCUGCACCCGCUACAGAACUGCCUGCUUACAACCGGUAAAUCUGUGUACAGGACCCCGUGGAAGAACGUGGUCAACCCUCUGUUUGUCAGCAGCACGGCGGAAGCCAUCAUGCAAGCACAUUGCAGCAGGAUCGGCUUCCGCGGCCAACUCAGUGCCUGCAGUACCAGCGGAUCCACGGGCACCCUGGACAGCCACCGCAGCUCCAGGGAGUCCCUCCAUUCUCAGGGAGCGGAUUCAACUUUCUCAGAGCACACCUCACCAAACAUAAACCACACGGAUACCAGCAGUGAUAGCCAUAGCAUGAGUCGAGUAGACAUAACAACUCCCAUCAUUAAGAUCAGUCCCACUGAAGAGCGUGAGACAGAGCACACAGGGGAGGACACUGAUGGGAGAGAACGAGGACCAGCAUCCAAGAUGCUCUCUUUUAGUACAGACCUCAGCAAUCCAGGCCCUCGUAGACGUCACCCAAGAGACUCUGUGGCUUUUGAGAGCAGAAGACUUUUCAGGAAAUCCUACAUGGAAGCCCUGCAGAACCCCAUGAGCCUUGGGUCCAGCACUGAGUCCAUCCUGGAAGAAAGUUCGGAGCAUGGUGGUCUAAGAGAGAGAUCCGUGACACCAGGCAGCAGCCCGGACACUCGCACUUCUUCUCGAGAACACUUAUCCCGGAGGUUGGGGAGUCGAGGCUGGCUCAGUGGUGACGAUUCCAGGCCCAGCACUCCUUUGCAUUACUUACAGAGGGGUCUGCGGAGUGCAGAGAGACGGGCGGAACGCCGCUCCAAGUCACUGGAGAGGACUAACAAGGCUGGCCAGGGUAAAGCUCACCGGGAAAGGUCUUCUUCUGGGGGCUCAGCCAGCAUCUCCCCCAAAAAGCUGAUGAAUGGAUAUGUUCUUCGCUUCGGGAAGUUGGAAGUGGAGGCAUCUCUUCCUGGUUAUGAAAAGAGGACCAGUAAAGAAGUGCCAGGGCAGCAGGAGGACACCGGUGAUGACAGGAAGUCUAGACUCGUAGAGGAGGAGUCGAACUCCCCAAAAACAGCCAACGGCUCAGCCAUUGGGUUGGGCUCAUCAUCAAGCUCCUCCAAUAGCAGUAAUUUCUCGCUCCCCAAACAGAUGUCAGAGGUCAAUCAGGAGCUGCUUGUAUCAGGCGCUGUGAUUUUGCCAGGAAGCAGAGAUCGCAGUGGGAGGGCGGUGUUGCAGGUGUGCACCAGAGCUCAGGUGUGGGCAGGCGAAAACUACACGGUGCAUGACCUCAGCAGUUUAUUGGUCUACUUACAAUCCACACUGCGGCAAGAAAAGCGUGAUGAAGGUCUGACAGUUGUGAUAGACAGCAGGAGACAGCAGCCCGUUCCAGCUUUGUUGUCAUCGCUGUCUGAAUUUCAGACACUGGUACCAAAUGCACUUUACUCAGUUAUUUUCCUGGUGGACAAGGAGGCAGCCGCCAAACCUGAAAGAGACAUUGUAAACGUACAGCCUGAGACAUUGUCAUCUUUGAAAGCCCUGCUGAAGCACAUUGAACAGAACCAGCUCACACGCGACCUGGAGGGUACCUUCCAUUACGACCACAACCACUGGAUCCUCUUUAGACAGAAAAUUGAACCAUUUGCCAGCAGCUGCAGCGAAGCCAUCUCUUCCCUCCAGGAGUCUAUCGCCACGUUAAGUGACAGUGGCAAUCUGAAGACAUCUGAGGAAGUGUCUCAGAUGAUGGAGCAGCAGAAGCAUCUCAUGAAGUGUGUGCUCGAUGACACUCAUCUAAAUAGGUUACGUCUGGAAGGAGGCACCAUCCUCGCGCGCAUCAGGAAGGAAGAGGCCUGUGACAAUGAGAGCUACAGGGACGCUGUGGAUAUGUUGAGUGCACUGUACAACCAAGUCGACGAAGAGGUCCAUGAGCUUGUCAUCCUGUCCAACAAGUCUCAGAAGGACUUGGAAUGUCUCCUGGAGGUGCGCAAGUUUGAAGAACAAACACAACAGGUCAAACUGUGGUUCAAUGUGGAGGGAGAGAAGCAUCUCAUUCCUUUACAUUCACUCACCUUGUCUGUCAGCAACAUAAAAGACAUGAAGGAGAGCUUGGACCAAUUUCUGAAAGAGUCAGUGCACCAGCAGAGACAUGCCCUGCAGAUGGUGAAAGAGUCUCUUCCUGGCUCAGUUUCCUUGGAAUUCAAGCAACAUCUUGUCUCCAUCCUGAACACAGUGGAAAAGAGGAAGGCACAAUUAGACAUCCUUGGAAAUCUUUACGAGUUCUAUGACUCUGUAAAUCAAUGGAGGGAGCACUGCCAGGACUACGUCAGUCACCUGAACACUUCAGGUGAAGCACAUUCACCUGCCGUUGUUCCGAUACUGAAGGAUUACUGCACCGAGGCCUCCAAGUUCUCCAUGGACAACUUCAGCACACUGAAUGACAUGGUUCUCUCCCUGGAAUGUCCUCAGCAAGUGCAGCAGUGGAACACAGUGUGGCACAAAUGUCAGCAGACUAAGCAGCAGCUGGAGGACACUUUGGCCCGAGCCACAAGGGCAUCUUCAGACUCCAUAUCCUCUGAACUUACGGAUGUUUUAAAGCCUGUGGAGAGCCAACUUAGUGUACCAGAGAGUAGUGAAUGUGGGCUUCUACCUGAAGGUUCUACUUGCUCCAGCAGGACAGCUACGCCGCUAACUGUUGAGGACACCAAGGCGCAUUCUGAUGAGCCUUUCUCCAAAAGCCCCUCCGGUUCGAUCUCCUCCUCCUCACGCUUCACUUUCGCCCCUGACAGCAAACUGAGCUCAUCCAUGUUUGAUGACACGGACAGCGACUGCACUAUCGACUCCACCAUCUCAUGCCACUCGGAGCCCAUCUUCUCUGCAGCUUCCCGAGUCCGCAAGUCACCAAUGAAGAAGAUCAUGAAGAAGACCAUGAGCUACGAGCUGACGCCGAGGGACGGCGGCCAUUCAGACUCCAGCCACGUGCAUGGUUACACGGGGGUGUACAUCAAGGGUCUGGAGGUGGCCAAUAAUGUGUCUGCAGAGAAGAAGAUUCAGAGACCCGACGUCAUGAGCCCAGUGUUGGGACGCAGUCGCAGCAUGUCCACUCCAUGCAGGAUCCAUAACAGAUACAGUGAAGGAGAUGGCAAGAAACAGAGCAGUAAAAUGCAGCACAUUGUGGACGAGAUGAUCUCCACCGAGAGGGAGUACGUUCGCUCUCUUACCUAUGUCAUUGAGCAUUAUUUCCCCGAGAUGGAGCGUCUGGAUCUGCCGCAGGAUCUGCGUGGGAAACGCAGCAUCAUUUUCGGUAACGUGGAGAAGCUGUGGGACUUUCACAGCCAAUACUUCCUCAAGGACCUAGAGUCGUGCGCCCACUCGCCGCUGUCCAUCAGCAGCUGCUUUCUCCGACAUGAGGAUCAGUUUGGAAUGUAUGCCCUGUACAGCAAGAAUAAGCCCCGGUCUGAUUCCCUGCUCAGCAGCCAUGGGAACGAAUUCUUUAAGAAUAAACAGCUGGAUCUGGAGGACAAGAUGGAUCUCGCAUCCUACCUGCUGAAGCCCAUCCAGCGGAUGAGUAAAUAUGCCCUGCUGCUGAAGGAUCUCAUCAAGGAGUGCGGCCAGUCACAAGCGCAAGAGCUGAGUGACCUCCGCACUGCUGAGGAGAUGGUCAAGUUUCAGCUCCGCCAUGGCAACGACCUGCUGGCUAUGGACGCCAUUCAGGGCUGUGAUGUGAACCUAAAAGAACAGGGUCAACUGCGCUGCCAGGAUGAGUUCAUCGUCUGGUGUGGACGAAGGAAGUACCUCCGCCACGUCUUCUUGUUUGAAGAUCUCAUCCUCUUCAGCAAGACCAAAAAGAUAGAGGGAGGAUAUGACAUUUACAUCUACAAACAAUCCUACAAAACAGCAGAGAUAGGUAUGACUGAAAAUGUCGGCGACAGCGGUCUCCGCUUUGAGAUUUGGUUCCGGCGAAGGAAGUCUCAGGACACGUUCAUCCUCCAAGCCAGCUCUGUGGAGGUCAAGGCGGUAUGGACUUCCAUCAUAGGGAAGAUCUUGUGGAGACAAGCACUACGAAACAGGGAGUUGCGCAUGCAGGAGAUGGUGUCAAUGGGCAUUGGAAGCAAGCCUUUCAUGGACAUUAAGCCCAGUGAUGCAGCCAUCAAUGACAGAGCCAUCGACUAUAUCAUGAAGGGGUCAGAAUGUAGGACGAGAGCCUCCAUCGCCGUGCCCUCGUACGAAUACUCGGCUUCCAUCAAGAGACCGCACUCAACCAUCUCCAACAGCAGCACGUCCUCGUCCAGCAGCCAGUCGUCCUCCUCCCUGCUGGGAUCGCUCAACCUCCACUUGUACUCGUCGCCCACGCACCCGCAGGCUCACCCUUACCCGCUGGCCACUGUUCCCUCCUUCGCCCAGUGGCCUUACGACUGCAUCGAGGAAGACGAGCUGGAGCACGACUCCGGGAGUCAGCCCUCCAUGCUUACGGAGAGUUCCGAAACGUCGUCCCAGUGCACUUCCAAUGACAGCGUGACCGGCCUGAGUACCCUCACCUUACCCGGACCCCCGGACGGGAUCCUGGACUCGUACAACCACAACAACAACGAGGUAUCCUCCUCCUCCUCCCUGUGCUCGUCCAUGCCGCCUUCUUCCAUGGAGGCCUCCUCCAUCUUCCCCAAAAGUGAAGACCUCCAAGCGCAGGGCAACAAGUUCAUCACAGCAAGCCAGAAUUCUCAUAUAGCAGUAGGCCUGUCUACAGUGGUGUGACUAAAGCUUAGCUCACUGUGAAGUCCCAGCGAAGAGCAAAAUUCCAACGGAGACAUGAUACAACAUUCUAUCGAAAUUAAUUGAACAUUCUCAGAAAAAAAGACAAAACAUAUAUAUAUAUAUAUAUAUAUAUAUAUAUAUAUAUAUACAUACACUACCAUGAUGGUACUCAUGUGGUUUGUAACAUUUCCUUAAUGAAUGAACGUAUGAAUCUGUGUUUAUAUUGUAGAUGUUUUCUGUUGUUAUUAUUAUUAUUGUGUAAUUUACAAAUAGCUGGCAGGUCAAUGCAGAAAAGAAUUGCCACGUUAUUACUUUUGUUUGUUGUCCAGCCUUGUGAGACUUGUACAGAUGAUUAAAAAAGUUUGUAUUAAAAAAACAAUAAAAAAA